AUGAGUAAAUCGGUCCCACCCCCAGGCCUCGCCCUCAAGGAUGCCAAACUCCUCCUCGAACAUCCUUAUCUCCCAAUGGAGGCAGGAGUGGCUCAUACUGAAGACGGCAUGACCCAUAUUGCCGCGUCAACCUACAUGAAGUCCUGCACAGGGGCAAUGAUAGACUGGUGGUUCGGAUGGAUCCACAACACAGAGCAGUACAAGAUCUGGCACCCUCGCGACCACGUCCUUUCUGACUGGGAGGGCCCGCGUGAGAACAACAGCACCUAUAUCGGCGGUCAUCAUCUAGUCCAUGAGUAUAUUGGGAGUGAGCUUCAGAAACUGAAAAUAUCUUUCAAAGACCCGUGCGAGUACUUCGGACCUGACUGGAAGGCCGCGUUCCAGAAUGAGGGAUAUUCGACGGCCGUUUGUGGAAGAACGGGGAUGUGGGAUGAUGAGAACGAUGAUGUUACUUAUAUGGGACAUUUGAUUCAUUUGAUUAAGAAUGAACCAGAUGGGGUCAGAAUGCGCUCUAGGUUUUGGCUGGGUGAUGUGGACGGUGUUACCGAUCCGGAGAUUAGGAAGGCAAAUGUGCCGGAUGAAUUUGCAAAGGGGUUAUUAAAGCAUGCUACGGAAGAGAUGGCUAUACUUGCUACUGUUCUUCCUGAUAUGCAUCAUAAGUUUUCUGGGGUGGGUGCGGAGAAACUUUGA